UAUUGCUGUAAAUACACCUGUGCUACUGAUGACUGCUUCUGUGCUGCAGGACACAACUGAUGUAAACAUGAGUCUGUGCUCUAUAUCUCCAGUAAUGAGAUGAGAUGUAAAUGAUCCGCACAUAUAACACAGAGACUGAGAGCUGGAGAAAUCAAGGCUCCUCAGAAGAUGUGAGAUGUUCUGGAGGCUUGUGAAGAUCAUUCCUCCGCUGAGGAACAGUGAAAGUAAAGCUCCUCAAAAGAUCCUGAGGAUCAGAUUUGAGACUCUAAAACAUGAUUGAUGGAGAAUCCAGUAAAGCUGAGCUGCUUCAGUCCAGGAAGAGUUCAUCUGGAGAUAUUACUGACCGUAUUCUGACCUUUACUUGAUCACAAUCAGGAGAGAUCUGACAUGAGGAGCUGGACGCUUGUGCAGUUACACUAGAAGAUCUCUGACUGAUCAAACACUAAACUCUCAGAGACAGAAGACACCAGGAGAUACAUACUAACAGAUACAGCAGCUUUAUACAACUGAAGCAUAAUCAUUGAUUAAUAAACUUAAGAUUAUACUGACCUGCUUUAUUUUUAGGCUUAAUAUUUGUGUGCAGUUGAACUAAGUUAACCCUGGUUCUGCGAGGCUUCAGUGUGUGCAGCAGUGAUCUGAUCAGAUGAGUUCAGGAAAUGUUCACGCGCUCUCUGUUGUUUUCUGGAGUCACGUUCUGAGAGAUCCAUGUGUGAUCGAAGUCGUGCGACGCUUCUGUAUUCUGUGUCUGUUUAUCAGGAUUGACCCAGAGAGAGAAAAACAGACGGACAGAGAGACAGAAGCACGUCUGCGAGUUUAUGGACUGGAGGUGGCGAUGUCUCCAGGAGAGGACGGUCUGAUCGGCAUCCCCUUCCCCGAGCACAGUAACGAGCUGCUGUCCCGUCUCAAUGCCCAGCGGAGGACCGGGCUGCUCUGUGACCUCACGCUGACCUCACGAGGAGCACGCUACCCCACGCACCGCUCCGUGAUGGCCGCGGUCAGCCUGUACUUCAGCCGUCUGUUCGGAGCGGAGGAGGGCGAGGAGGGCGAAGGCCACGGCUGCAGCGUCUGUCAGCUGGACUGUGUGUCUCCUGAUGCUCUGGCCGCGCUGCUGGAGUUCGCCUACACCGCCACGCUGACCAUCCGCAGCUCGGGCAUGAGAGACGUCCUGAAGGGAGCGCAGCUGCUGGGGAUCCAGUGUGUGGCAGACGCCUGCAGAGACAUCCUGGGAGAGACGGAGACGGGCGAGGACCCGGCGGAGGAGGCUGAGUGUCCACCGUCCCGACGCGAGCAGGACCGCUGCGCCGUGGCCCCCGUGAGGACGCUGUGGAGGAGCCCCUCGGCCCCAGACACACCUGAGAGCGGGCGACCCUCGGGGCUCCUGCCGAACGGAGGCUCACACUGGACACACAGACCCGAGGACACGCCCUCAGAGGAGGAGGAGUCUGGAGCACAGGGGCGGGCCACACCCCAGCUCGGCCAAUCACAGGGCGACGGAUCAGGGGGCGGAGCAAUGGCCGCAAACGGCAGGAAGAGGAAGUCUCAGAUGCCUCAGCAGUGUCCCGUCUGUCAGAAGAUCAUCCACGGAGCAGGAAAGCUGCCGCGGCACAUGAGAACACACACCGGAGAGAAACCGUUCCAGUGCUCGGCCUGCGGCGUCCGCUUCACACGGAACGACAAGCUGAAGAUCCACAUGCGGAAGCACACGGGCGAGCGUCCGUACCCGUGUCCCAGCUGCCCCGCACGCUUCCUGCACUCCUACGACCUGAAGAACCAUCUCUCGCUGCACAGCGGGGACCGGCCCUUCGAGUGUCCGCUCUGUCACAAGGCCUUCGCCCGCGAGGACCAUCUGCAGCGCCACAGGAAGGGCCACAGCUGUCUGGAGCUCCGCCCCCGCCGCCCACGCCGCCCCCCCGGACCCCGCCCCCCCGGGGCCUUCCUCCAGAUCCUGGAGGGCCACGGCGUCCCCGUCCCCGUCCCUCUGCUGCCAGGGUCCCGCCUGCCCUUCCCGGAGCUGCUGUGGCGGACGGGGACAGCCCCAGAGGAAGCGGAAGGAGGAAGCGCAUCGGUCACACACCGAGUCUGGGAGGAGGACGAGGAGGAGCCGGACGCUGCAGGGGAGGAGGACGAGUGACCACUGUGUGUGUGUGUGUGUGUGUGUGUGUGUCCAGGUGAAAAACAGAGCACUUCCCUAAUGAGCUCAAAGUGCUCUGUUUUCUACUUAACACAGUAAAAGUGAUUAUUUAGUUCUUCUUAAAGAGAUAGUUCACCCUUAAACUAAAUUCUGUCAUUAAUCACUCAUCCUCAUGUUGUUCAGAACCCAUAAGAGCUUUGUUCAUCUUCAGAACACAAAUGAAGAUUUCUGAUGAACUCCGAGAGCUCUCUGACCCUUCAUAGACCGCUAAGAUCCAAACAGGGUGACUAAUUAAUGAAUAAGUUUCAUUUAAAUUUUUGGGUGCACUGUCUCUUUAAGAAUAUUUUUUAGUGUAUUAAGUACAGAAUCAGUGUGCAGAAAUAGAGCUCACAAUGGAAGUGGUCAGUCGUGUGGUCAGUCGUGUGGUCACAUGGUGUUGUGGUUCUGGUGCUGGCGGAGCUCCUGGAGAACCACGCAGGGUUCUGUUCGCUCGAUCUGAUUUGUUUAUUGUUAAUUAUUGGCGGUUCACGCUAUGCAGCAUCUGAACAUGAACGAUUGAACAAACCUGAUUUAAAACACACGACUGAAUGAGAACGCAAACGAGAGAAUGUCUGGCACCUACAGGCGAGUAUCAGGAAGCUGAUUCUUUACUGUAGCUGAUCUGGAAUUAGAGAUUUUUUUAUUAUUUUCAAAUUAAAGAAUUUACUUUCAUACCAAAGAUGAUUGUUCAGUUUGGACUUGAGAUGUAUUUCCUCUGUGGUCUGACCAGGUCUCAGUCCUCGUUCUGUGUGUAGGAUGAGAAACAGAUCGGGCAGAUGUUUGGUCUUCCUUUACGUUUGGGAGGAUGCACUCAAGUUUUGAGAAGGGAUCUAGUUUUCUGUAAGAAAAAAAAGAAACGGCAGGAUGGAGAGUUCUUUUGUAUACUAUUCUAUUUAUUUAUUAAUGGGUUUGAUAUUUAUUGUGAGUUGAGACGCUUGGGUUAUAUCAUCUUCUGUUUGUUCCGGAGUGAGUCGUUGAGUCUGGUGUGUGGUCAUCCUCAGGUAGAUGACCACCGGUCAGUGUGUCUCAGGUAGAUGACCAGUGUGUCUCAGGUAGAUGACCACCGGUCAGUGUGUCCCAGGUAGAUGACCAGUGUGUCCCAGGUAGAUGACCACCGGUCAGUGUGUCCCAGGUAGAUGACCAGUGUGUCCCAGGUAGAUGACCACCGGUCAGUGUGUCUCAGGUAGAUGACCGCCGGUCAGUGUGUCCCAGGUAGAUGACCUCCGGUCAGUGUGUCCCAGGUAGUUGACCGCCGGUCAGUGUGUCUCAGGUAACAUCACACUCAGGUGCUUUAAACACAAGCUUUGCACAUGAACUUCUGAUGACCAGCACAGAAGGAGGACUCUCGCCUUCUUAGAACCAAAUACAUAUCUCAAAUAUUUUUGAAAAGAAAAAAUAUAUACUUGCAUUAUAUGAAAUAUGAAUCAUUAAUGAUAUUUGUAGCUUCCGCUUUAGCCGCCUUCAUUUGCUGCAGGAGCUUUGUUCGAUCUAUAAUCUCCAGGAUCGAUGGAUUAUGGGAUGCAUGCUGGGGUUUGGGUCUGGUGUAUGUCACUGUACUUCUGACAGUAGGGAAACUACUCAAAGAGGGUUAUUUGCACUAAAACAGAUCUUUGUGUUGUGAAAUGACUUGUUCAUUAUGAAUGUAAAUCCUCACUAUUUUCUUUACAUCUUAAAUAUUAAAUACUUUACAAAAGUUAUAUAUUUUGUUUGUUUUAUGUAAAAGGUCAAGCUGCCUUAGUUUGUUUUAUUUUUUUGCACCUGUUCUCAGGAAAUCUUGAGCCAUGCACUAAGUGCAUAUGCAAAUAUUAAUUUAUUGUAAAUAUUUGUGCUUGGAAAUAUGAACGCCCUGUUGUUAAGUUUCUUUACAUCUGUAGUGUUUAUUGAUUGCUAUUAUUUAAUCUGAGUUGUUUUAUAUUAAAAGCACAGUUUUGAUUGUGUUUGGGGUGAAGGGACGAGGUUUAAUCAGGGUUUAUUUGUGUUCUUUCUCGGCAAUGGCAAAUACUUUUGCAUAUUGUACAAAUAAAGAGCAAAAUAAACAAAGAUCUAUGUA